UUUCACACAGUUCUGUACUCGUUGAUUCUAGAUUGGGACGUGCAAAAUAUUCAUCAUGAAGCGGGCAAUAUUACUACUGAGUCUCUCAUUAGCAUUAGUCAGUGUGCAAGGAUUUGUUCUUCAAAGUGUAAGAAUUGUUAACGGAACUACAAGUGCCCCUGGACAAUUUCCGUAUCAGGUGAUGGUAAUCGCAAGUAUUCCCUUCGGACAGGCGCUUUGCGGAGGCACUCUCAUCUCUGAUCAGUGGAUUGUUACCGCAGGACAUUGCAUCGACGGUGCAUAUGCCUUCGAGGUACAUUUGGGGGCUCAGAAGUUCAAUGAUUACACCGAACCAGGACGAGAAAUUUACUUCUCGUUUGACUCUAUACUCCACGAACGUUACACCGCGAGCAUAGCCGCUAAUGACAUAGGACUAAUCAAACUCCCGAAUAAAGUGAAUUUUACAAAGAACAUCCAACCUGCCUCACUCCCUACAUCUCAGGAUCUACUCGUUGGGAAAACUGUUAUAGCGAGUGGUUGGGGUUUACAGUCAACAUCAGCAAGUCGUCCUGCAAGCGAGCUCCAGUAUGCCCCACUGCAAGUGCUCAGCAAUGAGGAAUGUGCGAAAAGCUACGACCCGGUCCUUAUAAGGCCCAGCAUCAUCUGCGCUAAAGGUGCUAACUUGCAAAGUCCUUGCUCAGGCGAUUCAGGCGGACCGCUUGUGCUCAAUGGUACCAGAACUCUGGUGGGAAUCACUAGCUUUGGAAGCGUUCUUGGCUGCGAUUUCGGAUACCCUGGUGGAUUUUCAAGGGUUGCAUACUUUUUAGACUGGAUUAGUGCCAAGACUGGAAUAAAAGUUUAAUAUUUAACAAAUCAUUAUAAUGAUAUUAAAAUAAAGAUCAAUAAAACCAUUGAAUUAAUUGUUAAAUAUAA